AUGCCGGUUCUAGGCGACCAGAAGAUACCAAAAGGUUACGACAAAAUUGCAGCAGUUUUUGCGAGAGACCCUGGUUGUUCUGUUUUCAGACGCUUCGACAAACUCGGCGCGAAAAGCCUACUAUACUAUCAAGCCCAGCUGGCAAAUAUCGAGGAAGACCUCGAGGAAAUAAUCGCCAAGGACGAAGCCGCUGAGGACGAGGAUAGGCCAUACUACCAGUUCUCCGUACGUUGCUUACAGGAUUCAUUGAAAAGUGCAAAACAAGAAGACAAAGCGCAAUGGUUGAAGUUUCUGGAGGCUCGUGAGCUAAUGGAAAACUACUACAAGGCUUUGAUACAACAAAAAGAGAUUUUAAAAUUUAAUAACCCGAAUGAGAACGAUCGAUUAAAUUUUCAACAAUGGCUCGCGCAGCAGAGUGUGAAGGAUAAUGUCUACUUCGCGACAUGCGCUGAAAUGGACAUUUAUGACUCGAAGAAUAACAAUGACAUGAUCACCGUAUCCGACAAGGAGCAAGACGUUGACAAAAUGUCGCGAUGGAUUUUUGAGCAAUCUAGUGAAUGGUUCCAGGGACGAUUUGGCCAACAUUUCAAAGUAAAGCUAUGCAUUCUUUGA